CGUUACUGUGCAAUUACUGUGCAAUCGCGACGACGAGAUGGCCACCUGGGACGGCUCGUAUCCGGAGGACCUGAGUUACCUGAUGUACAACACCGACCGGAACGCGGCGGACGCUGCCCCGGGGAACUGGCCGACGACGUACUUCGCCGGGAACUCCGCGUAUCUGCACGACAUAUCCGCGGGGGCGGCGGCGGGCUACUAUCCUCCGGGGGCCGAGAACGGGAGUCGGGGACACGUCUACGAGCGGAGCAGAAGACCGACGGCGGCCUUCUACCAGGUCCCAGGCGCCCAGCACCCGUCGAACAUGCAGGUGCCUUUGGAGAACAACGCCUAUCAGGAACGUGCACUGCCAGACGCCUCGUCCGCGGAUAACGCCCGGGCGUCGAACGGCGUCGCCUCGACGGCGUCGCACCACGCGCUGCCCUUCUCCCGCGGCGGCUAUAGGCCGAGAUCCACCAGGGGUAACCGGACGGCCGGCAAGCACGCGUCGGCGCCGCCGCCGCCGCCGCCGUCGUCGUCGUCGGCAGACGACAUCAUCCAGUCCACUGUCGUGGAGAACUCCAAUCUGCAUCCCAUGGCCAACGAAUUUGUGCCCAACAGCCAGGCCAAGUUCAGAAGGGACGCCAGAUUCAGGAGAUACGAUAACGGCAACGCGACGGGGAGUGGGUUCAACGCUUGCGCUCAGGAAUUCAAGCCAAAGUCAGCCGUGUCGUCCGCGGAUCACGUGUACAAGGGCGAGAGACGUUACGACAACAGAAGGGACGCGAAUUACAGACAGAAGAGGCCGCAGGACACGCAGGCUCCGCCGAGAUCCGGCUACAGGGAUGCUCACAGGACGUACAACGCGAGGAAUUACAAUAAAUUUCAGAACGGCAGAUAUUACAAUAGGAAGUAUCAGUCGGACGUGUCUUUCGCAGAACAGAAUGCCGCUGAAGAAGCCCACGCAUCUGCCGCUAAUUCAGUCGCUACGUUUAGUAAUCAGGAAAAUAGGGGUAUUGUUGAAGAGAUUCAAGAGGACGACUCGUCUGCAAAAAUCAGCAGAGAAAGAACAUUGGCACGCGAGGAUAACGAUUCGGAAAAUAUGUCUUCAAAGAUCCUUGAAGCAAAACGAAACGAUAGAGUUAAGCGAUUCGCUAACGCGUCCAAUUAUCACAGAUACAAUUCGGACGAGAUGCAGUCUGAACCCGGUACCAGGCGUAAAACAACAGCGGCAGCGGCGAAGUAUACGCAAAGAAAGAACAACGAAACAAGUUAUAAGGAGAAGAAAGUGGAAAAUUGGAGAGAUAGGACGGAAAGUAAUGAGUCGACACCCGCACUGCCGGGGAAAAAUCCGAGGAAAAAAUAUGAAAUUGAUGACGACGCGAGUCAGAGGGAACGAUUAACCGAGCAAUUGAACAAGGGAGGGUUGGAGUGCCUGGUCUGUUACGAGCAUAUCAAGCAGAGCGAUUACGUUUGGUCCUGCAGCAAUUGUUAUCACGUGUUGCAUCUGAGGUGCAUAAAAAAAUGGGCGAAGUCGUCUCAGGGCGAGAACAACAGUUGGAAGUGCCCGGCUUGUCGGGACGUUAGUUUCCUCGUGCCCGAGGAUUACUUCUGCUUCUGCGGCAAGAUGAAGAUGCCCGAGUGGAAUCGCAGGGACGUGGCACAUUCGUGCGGCGAGAUCUGCGGUCGGCAUCUGUCCAAGAAAAAUUGCACGCACAAGUGCACCUUGCUCUGCCAUCCCGGCUCUUGCCCGCAGUGCGUGGCGAUGGUAACCAAGUAUUGCGGUUGCGGACGAACGUCGAAGAUGCUACUGUGUAGCGCUCAGCAGUUGUUGAUGUGCGAUUCGAUAUGCGAGAAGAAUCUGUCGUGCGGCAAGCACACCUGCCAGAGGAAGUGCCAUCAGGGGGAGUGCGGGCCUUGCGACAAAGUCGUGCAACAAACAUGUUUCUGUAGUAAGAAAACUCAAGAGGUACCCUGCCGAGCCAACGUUGCAGAUACGUAUUGCUGUGAUAAUAUUUGUAACAAACCGUUAGACUGCGAGAAACAUUAUUGCCAGAAGAUUUGUCAUCCAGAGUCUUGCGAGUUCUGUUCCUUGAUGCCCGAAAAAGUUACAAUGUGUUGCUGCGGUCAGACGCCGUUAACGGAGAAAAGAGAGAGUUGUAUGGAUCCUGUGCCGACCUGCGAUAAAAUCUGCUCGAAGCGCUUGAAAUGCGGCCAGCCUAGUAAUCCGCACAUCUGCAAGGCACCGUGUCACACGGGGGAAUGUCCGGAAUGCGAUUUGAACACCGACGUCAAGUGCCGAUGUGGUAACAUGGACCGCGAGAUCGCUUGCAGGGACUUGACGAGCAAGGCCGACGACGCGCGCUGCGAGAAACGCUGCAAGAAGAAGAGAUCCUGCGGUAAACACAACUGCAAUCAGCUGUGCUGCAUCGACAUCGAGCACAUCUGUCCGUUGCCGUGUUCAAAAAACUUGAGUUGCGGUCGGCACAAGUGCCAGGAGAGAUGUCAUAUAGGAAGAUGUUCGCCUUGCUGGGAGAGCAGCUUCGACGAACUGUAUUGCGAGUGUGGCGCAGAAGUGAUUUAUCCGCCAGUCCCGUGCGGCACGAGGAGACCCACCUGCAACCGGCCGUGUUCGCGCGAGCAUGCCUGCGACCACGAGGUACUGCACAACUGUCACAGCGAGCCCACGUGUCCACCUUGUAGCGUCCUGACCCAGAGAUGGUGCCACGGCAGACACGAGCUCAGGAAGGCGGUGCCGUGCCACGUGAAAGAGAUAUCGUGCGGUCUUCCGUGCAGCAAGCCGUUGACGUGUGGACGGCAUAGAUGUAUCACAAUGUGUCACGCUGGACCCUGCGAAAAACCCGGCCAGCAGUGCACACAGCCUUGUGCCGCAUUAAGAGAACUGUGCGGGCAUAUCUGCGCCACUCCAUGCCACGAAGGCAAAUGUCCAGAUACGCCUUGCAAAGAGAUGGUUAAGGUUACCUGCCAGUGCGGACACAGGACUAUGAGUCGUGUCUGUGCAGAUAAUGCGCGGGAAUAUCAGCGGAUAGCAAGCAAUAUAUUGGCUAGUAAGAUGGCCGAUAUGCAACUCGGUCACUCCGUCGAUUUAGACGAAGUGUUCGGGCAAGGUGCGAAGAAACAAAAUCAACUGAAGACUUUGGAGUGCAACGACGAGUGCAAGAUUAUAGAAAGAAACAGGAGGCUUGCAUUGGGACUGCAGAUCGUUAAUCCGGACUUAAGCGGCAAAUUGAUGCCCAGAUAUAGCGAUUACAUGAAACAGUGGGCCAAGAAAGAUCCGCACUUCUGUCAAAUAGUCCACGACAAGUUGACGGAAUUGGUGCAGCUAGCGAAAACGUCCAAACAGAAAUCCCGGAGUUAUUCGUUCGAUGUUAUGAACAGGGAAAAGCGUCAUUUCGUGCACGAGUCGUGCCAGCACUUUGGCUGCGAGAGUCAAGCAUACGAUGAAGAGCCAAAGAGAAACGUCGUUGCCACUGCCGUGAAAGAUAAGUGUUGGCUACCAAGUUACAGUUUAUUAGAAAUGAUACAGAGAGAGAAGGGACAGAGAAAGGUUCCAGGUCCGGUACUCAAUACUUCGAAGGGAAAUAACUCUACAAAGACUGUUCUUUCGUUACCUGUAAAGCAGAAUCAGCAAUUGCUGCCAUCAUCGUCAGCUACUAAAAUUGCUGACAAAGAAAUCGAUUAUUUUGACUACCAAGGCUAAAUCAGCAUAUAAAAAAAUAAUUAUGCAGCAUGGAUUAUCCGAUGUAUAUAUAUAUGUCAUAAAGGGGAUUUAAAAAAUGGGUACAACUGUAAUUAUACAAUUAAUUUCAUGAUGUGUGAAAUUUUCAUGUGCUUGAACAACAGCUCGAAUUUCCAAAUCAAACUUUAAAUUGUUCGGCUCGUUCUAGCUUUAAGAUAUUUGAAUGAUUUCAAUUGUUUAAUCUGUUAGAUUUGUUAUUUCAAGGAAAAAAAAUUUAUUUUCUGUUUGCAAUAAAUAUUUUCACUUAAUUUUUUUCUAAUGUCAAAACUAUUUGAUUAAAACAAACAAAUGGAGUUUCGUUUGAGCUGUUCGAAUAAUUCGAUUACACAAUUCGAAUCUUUUUAUAUGAGUCUUAAUACUAAAAUCUUGUAAGUAGAAAUGCAAGAUAAUAAGUAAUUAUAUUAUCAAUACAUAAUCAUUUUCGAGUUAUUUUCGAUUGUAUAAAUUUUAAUUGAAUAAAAAGUAAUCAGAAAUGAGAAUCUAAUACUAACAGUAAUAACAAUUUUUAUUACAUUUACAAAAGAUUUUGAUAAGUUAAUUAGUAAGAAAUUCAUCAUUUUAUUGUAAUUUAGAAUUGUUCGCAACAUAUUUUGUUAAAAUA